AUGUGUGAUGACAGAAUUCUGUACUGUAGGGAGUGCUCAUUGUUAACAGUACCAGGAACUAAUAUUAAUAUCCAUAAUCAUCCCCCAAUAUACGUUGCAGAUGCAUGCACAAAAAUUGCUUACCAAUCCUAAUAAGGCAAAGAAAAAGCAUAAGAGCUAGUUUCAAAAGCAAAUGAGUUUUUUAACACUUAUAAAAUUGUACUUGAAUGGCUAGAUAAUAAAUUAAGAGGUAAUGGAGGUGAUAAUUUGUUUAAUCCUCAAAAUUAUUUCCAUGGCUAAAAUCAGUCAAUGAUGCAUGAUUUCAAUAUGCUCACUGAAUUGUUGGAAAAGAUUAACCAGACCAAUGAAUACAUUGAGUCGAAAGCAAUAGAGCUUAAAAUUAUUGAUAUAAUUAAUAAAAAGAAUCUGGUAAAUUGCCAAUCAGAAGAUGUUAAAAAAUACUAAUAUCUAGGAAAUGUAACUUUUGAUGAAGUCUGGCAGUAAUACUAUUCACUUUUCUUUCAAGAUUAAUAGUUCAAUCUUAAUAUUAAUCAGCUAGACCUAGAUAAUUUCAAACUACUGACUUAUUUAAAAGAGAAAAUAUCGGCUUAAAAGAUUGAAUUUUUAGAGGAAAGAGUUAAAACAAUGGAACGAAUGUUAACUACUAAAUUUGAAAAAUUAAAUUCGAUAUUAGAGAAUCAAUUCGGUUUAGACAAGAUAGAUUGA